GGGACUUACCCUUCGGGAGGACCUCCAGACAACCUGUGAGGUCACCCUGCGGAGAUCUAUUACCGGUACCCACCAACUCCCCCCAUUAAGGUGAUUCCUCUUCUUCUGUCAUGGUUGGAGAUUCCUUUCAAGUUCAAGGAGAGAAGCCAAGGUAAUUUUUUACCCAUCGGAGGAAUGAUAUAGCUCCAUCCUGACCAUCUUUUCUUACAUUUCCGGGUCUUUUGUUGUCUACUGCACAUCAGAAAGGCUAUGAUGGGAAUUAAGGUGAAAACGCACUGCCGCUGCCUUGAAAAUCGUCCUCUAGAAGGAGGAAGGCUGCUCCGUGUGGUAGUUGGCUCCAGGGGACAUGGCACAUUGUAGAAGGAAACGGAUGAAAGGAGCUCAGGGCGCCCCAAACGCAUGUCUGCGGUGGUCUAGUCCGGGGAAGCCCUUGCGUGGGGCCCUGGCAUUCUGGGAUGUCGCCAGGUCUGGACGCAUGGCUGACUGCUGAAUGAUGAUGCUUCGCCGGGGGCUGCUGGCCUGGAUUUCUCGGGUGGUGGUUUUGCUUGUGCUCCUCUGCUGUGCCAUCUCCGUCCUCUACAUGUUGGCCUGCACUCCGAAAGGCGACGAGGAGCAGCUGGGGCUGCCCCGGGCCAACGGCCCAACAGGGAAAGAGGGGUACCAGGCUGUCCUGCAGGAGUGGGAGGAGCAGCACCGCAACUACAUUAGCAGCUUGAAGAAACAGAUCGCGCAGCUCAAGGACGAGCUCCAGGAGAGGAGCGAACAGCUCAAGAAUGUGCAGUACCAUGCCAGCGACUCCACGGGCCUCGGGGUGGACCGGGGCGCCCCCGAGAAAACCCAGGCGGACCUCUUGGCCUUCCUGCACUCCCAGGUGGACAAGGCGGAGGUGCACACCGGCGUCAAGCUGGCCACGGAGUAUGCAGCAGUGCCUUUCGAUAGUUUUACCCUGCAGAAAGUCUACCAGCUGGAGACGGGCCUGACCCGCCACCCCGAGGAGAAACCCGUGAGGAAGGACAAAAGGCAGACUGAGAGUGCCUGCUGUGUGCAAGGCUGUGAGUGUGUGCUGGUGGGUGUGGCCUUAUUUGGCUCCCGGGACUUGGUGGCUCACCCAGCUGUGCUAGAGAACACGGGAGGGAUCUACCGAACAGAAAGAGAUAAAGGCACUUUGUAUGAGCUUACUUUCAAAGGGGACCAAAAACAUGAAUUCAAACGACUUGUCUUGUUCCGACCAUUUGGCCCCAUCAUGAAAGUAAAAAAAGAAAACCUCAGCACGGCCAGCACGCUUAUCAACGUUAUCGUGCCACUGGCAAAAAGGGUGGACAAGUUCCGGCAGUUCAUGCAGAAUUUCAGGGAGAUGUGCAUCCAACAGGAUGGGCGAAUUCAUCUCACUGUUGUUUAUUUUGGGAAAGAACAAAUGAAUGAGGUUAAAGGAAUACUUGAAAACACUUCCAGAGCUGCCAACUUCAGGAACUUUACCUUCAUCCAGCUGAAUGGAGAAUUCUCUCGGGGAAAGGGACUUGAUGUCGGUGCCCGCUUCUGGAAGGGAAGCAAUGUCCUCCUCUUCUUCUGUGAUGUGGAUAUCUACUUCACCACUGAAUUCCUCAAUACCUGUAGGCUGAAUACUCAGCCAGGGAAAAAGGUAUUUUAUCCAGUCCUUUUCAGUCAGUACAAUCCUGGCAUAAUCUACGGCCAUCACGACUCAAUUCCACCCUUGGAGCAGCAGCUGGUCAUAAGGAAGGAGACUGGAUUUUGGAGAGACUUUGGAUUUGGGAUGACGUGUCAGUAUCGGUCGGACUUCAUCAAUAUAGGUGGGUUUGACUUGGACAUCAAAGGCUGGGGAGGAGAGGACGUGCACCUCUAUCGCAAGUACCUCCACAGCAACCUCAUAGUGGUGCGCACACCCGUGCGGGGACUCUUCCAUCUCUGGCACGAGAAGCGCUGUGUGGACGAGCUGACCCCUGAGCAGUACAAGAUGUGCAUGCAGUCCAAGGCCAUGAAUGAGGCCUCCCACGGGCAGCUGGGGAUGCUGGUCUUCAGGCACGAGAUCGAGGCUCACCUUCGCAAGCAGAAACAGAAGACAAGAAGCAAAAAGACAUGAACUCCCAGGGGUGGGUUUUGGGAGAGAUUUUGUUUUUUUUUUAUCCUUUUGCGCUUACUGAAAGACUGGCUGCAACAAGGAAAAGACUUCCAUAAAGGGCGACAGAAGAGUUGACCAGUGAGUAAAAGAGAUGAGAGGAGAGCCACGCCAUUCAUUCUCUCUCGGCCUAUUUGGCUGUAUGCAGCAGAAAUGAAAAUCUCCCACUUUGCCUGCAGAAGUAGCCCACCUGCACCCUGGGCAGGGUGUUGACAAAGGCAGAAGGAUUGUGAGAUUGUGAGCCUGGCAGUGUGGAGGUGUCUGAGUAUUGUUUGGUGUUUACAGCAAAAUGAGACGUAUUGUUUUCUGUGCUCAUUGAAAUAUUCAUGAAUUAAGAGCAGUUUUGUAAAAAGUUAAUUAGAAUGAAAGGCAAGCUCAUUUUCCCCCAUAUGCACGAUUACAUCAGUAGUUGCUAAGAAUGCUAAAAUAUCAAAAGGCCUUAGGAAAUGUGGAAAUAUACCCAUCGCAAUCCUUGUGAGUCUAUUAGGCAAAACCAAAUGGACCAAAAAAAGAAAAAUCAUAAAUACCGUAUCAUUUCCCCCCAAGAUUAACCAAAAAUAAUCUGUUCAUUUUUUCUGUUGUACUUAUAACCAUCUCCAUUUGGUGAAUUUGGUUUAAAAAUGCACUUUUUUGUUAUUGUUGUUGCUUGUAAGUUAGAUUCUGCUUAUUUAAAUACCAGUUUGUAGGCCUUACUAAGCAAGCGUAAGUUACCAUACAGUUUUAUAUUUUUAGAGGAGAUGCUUCUAGAUGCAUUAUGGAAACUUGGAGUGCAAAGCAUCAAACUGAGAUCCCUACCCAAGGACAUGCCAAAUGCUGCCUCCUGUCAGACACUGAGCUUCAGAUCCUGUAGUCUGUGGAAGGCACGGUUGGGAGCUACUGAUAGAACAAGACAUAAAGCUGCUUUAUCUGAAGAGUAUUUCUGAAGAGGAGCCACUGAACACUGGAGGAGUAAAAAAAAACAAACAAAAAAGAACUUUUCACCUUAACAGGAAGGAAAAAAAAGCCCACAUUCAGACGGGUGAUACAUCUUGAUAUAUUUAAAAGUCAGAAAACAUAUUUUAUCCUCAGGAAAACUGGGGACCACUUUCUUACCUGUUGAAAUAAACCAAAGUAUACCCUGUGAACCAGACAAUCUCUUUUCAAAGCAGGGUGCCUUUCCUGGCUUCUGGCUUCAAAGAGAAGAAAUGCAGAAAAAUCUAUUUUGGUGACAGAUCAAUCCAUCUGCCACUGUCUAGCAGAAUGGAAGUUUUUGCUACAUGUUCACACACCCUAGUCUAGGGGGAAGAAAUUGAACUCUUUUUUUAAAUUAAGCAGUUCUACUCAGUCACCAAGAUGCUUCUGAAAAUUGCAUUUUAUUACAGUUUCAAACUAUUUUUUAAAAAAUAAAUACAGUUAACACUGAGUGAUUUCUACAUUCAUGUGAAAAUCAUUUAUUUAUUAGCCAGCACCGGAUGCAUGAGCUGAUUAUCUCUCUGAUUCCUUGCCUUCUGUUUGCUCACAGUAAACUCAUUAUUUAAAAGCUUCAAGAACGUUCAAGCUGUUGGUGUGUAAAAAAUGCAUCGUAUUGUACUGGCAGUUCAUAAAAUUUAAUUAAAACACAGGACAUGAAUGGAAGGUAGCAUUGGACAGCUAAUAAACUAUGAUUUAUAUUGGAACCCUGGAGUAAGAAUGCCAUGUCUUUAGUUUUUGGAAAACAGUAUCUUGAGCAUAGACCAGAUGUCUCAACCUUAGCGCCACUGACAGAUUGGGCCCAAUCAUCUGUUGUGCGGAGCUGUCCUGUGCAGUGCAGGAAGUGUAGCAGCAUCCCUGGCCUCUGCCCACUGGAUGCCAGUAUAGCAUCUCUCACCUAACUGUGACAGCCACAAUGGCUCCAGUCAUUGCCAAAUAUCCGCUAGGGAUCAAAAUCGCCCCUGGUUGGGAACCACUGGUCUGGAAGGAGGUGAGAACGAAAAGCCAUUUAUCUAUUUUUUGACCUUUGUAAUUAGAAGAAAUUGAGAAUGAUUUCUAAGAUCCCUUUUGACUCUGUGUUUAGUAUUUUCACAUGUAAUGAUGAUACUGGUGACUCGGGUCACUCUGGCCUGUCUCCCCACUGGCGCUGAUGGAUUUUUGUGACACACCUGCACGCUGUUGCCCGUGUUCUCCCAGUGUCUGGAGGAUGCAUUUCCAACAAGGAUGGUGGUAUUAGUGAAAUGUUUUGACCAUGUCCUGAGGUUCACCCUUCAGCCAAAGAUUAGACAGGCCCAUAAAACA